GCGGCGAGACUUCCGAUAACCGCCAUAUUUAGAAAGCCGGGAAGCACCUGCUGGCGACGUAAACAAAACACGUGCAAAAUCUCGUAACACUUCUGACCUUUCUGACCCGAAUGUGAUUAAUCUACAUUGUUUAUCCCUAAUUGUUUCUUCUGUAAUCACCAUUAAGGGUGAUGGAUACCCAAGACAGCGCCCAGUCGUCUCUGAACAGUACAGAUACAAGUCAGCUCUUGAGAGAAUUACAAGCUCUGAACUUAGACAGAUCUCCCGGCUCUUCACAUGGAAGUUUCGGAACAGGAAGAAAUAUCCCAGGAACAGGGGAUAGGGACAUGCCAGCAUCAGGGGAGGCAACUCUGACCCAGCUGAUGAUGACAAUGUACAGUUCUGCACCAAAACAACAGAUAGUGCUGCAAGGCAAUGACAACCAGAACAGCUUCAGCGUGUAUGGACGGGAUGUGGAUGUGUACCUCGGCGAGGCUCGGGCAGGAGACUCACUUGCCACCACUGCUGGGAGUAAUAAGGUAAAGAUUACCCCAGUGGUGAACUACGACUGGGAACCGAAGUAUUAUAUCGGCAACUUGGUGGCUGUACACAGAGACAAUGACUUUGUGGCGUAUGUGCUUAAAGGAAAAUCAAAUGGAGUUGUUCGAGUCAUCACUAGAAAAACAGCAGAGCGGGUGCUAUUGAAGGAUUUUGACGGACGGGUUAUUGACGUCGCCUUUGCCCAUACUGAUGAAAUUCUCCUGGCUGCUGUGGAUGAAAUAGGGAACUUGUUUGUGCAUGAAAUUAGAGAAGAAGAUGGAAAAGUGGUUUCCCACCUGCUGCUGCAUAUCAAGCACCCCCAGGCCACGCCGUCCUCGGAGUUCCAUCGCGUCAUCUGGUGCCCGUACAUCCCCGAGGACUGCGAGGAGGCCAUGACGGAUGCUUCAUCACAGGACGCCUCGCGGGUGCUGGUGCUCACGCACGAUGCAGUGGCGGAGAUUUGGAGCGUUGACAUGGUAACCAAGGAACAUGGAUGUGGCCCUCACUAUCCAAAUACAAUAGCGAGCGGUCUCAUUACAAUCAACAGUCACAGCAAGCCAAUUGUCGAUGCUGCAUUUUCCCCCGAUGGCACAGCGAUGGCAACAGCGAGUCUUGAUGGGGAGGUGAAAUUCUUCCAGGUCUACAUGCAGGAGGGCACGUCUCCCAGGUGUCUGCACCAGUGGAAGCCCCAUGAAGGCAAGCCCAUGUCCUGUCUCUUCUUCCUGGACGAUCACAAAAACCUCAGUGCUGAUGCCCAGUUUUGGAAGUAUGCAGUGACUGGCGCCAAUCAGAACCAGGAGCUGAAGAUCUGGAGCUGCGAGUCCUGGAACUGUCUACAGACAAUCAGAUUUGUGAACCCACCUAACAUGGAUGGUGGUCCACUGGCAGAGGUGUCCUUGAAAGCAGGCCUCGAUCUUGGUGCUAAAUACCUGGUGCUGUCAGACAGGAUGCGGAAGAUGUUGUAUGUGUUACAAGUCCACCAGGAGGGCACAUCGACCACGGCACAUGUCAGCUCCGUGUCAGAGUUCCUGCUUGCCCAGCCCUGCCUCAGUUACGCCAUCCUGGACGCCAGCACCAAGAAGCUGAAGAAGUCCCCCAAUGACUCCCAUCUGGAUGAAAUAACCACAGGGGACCUAGACGGCGACGCCACAGAUGACAUCAACCGCCUACACAGGCCAGAGGAGACCACCACGGGCGUUCAGCUGAGACUGUUUGCAGUUCAUUCAAAAGCUCUGCAGGAGUUGCUGAUCCGCUACAAACCGGAGUCCUCGGUGCCGCCCCCCUCCACCCCAUCGGUCAGCUCCAUCUCUCACGAUGAGACAGGUUUGCGUGACGCCUUGUCGGACAUCAGCAUGAGUGUGGAGCAGAGUCUCCCCGAGAGCCACGGCAGCAACUCCUCCGCCCUCCACGACAACUCCAACCCAGUGCUGCUCACACCCGAUGCGUUUACCAGUCCUAGUCCAAACAAUAAAACUGUGUCAGUGCAGAACUCUCUGGAUCAUGUUCGAGGCAGUGGAACGAUAGAUCACAUGCGCGGCAGUGGAUCUAGUACCAGUAGCUUCACUCACGUCACUCCCAUGAACGAUGAGAUCUUCACCCCACGUAGCUCAGCAUCCGGGGACCGGACAGUCAUGUCGCCAGGCAGUUCCAUCGCCCACACACCCUCGUCCAAGGGCGAUGCCCAGUCCCAGGAUGUGACGCCCACAAACAUGCCCCUCCCCCCCAUCGACUCAGUAGAAGAAGAGGAGCUUGCCACGCCAAAGGGGGGACCUGAGUCGGAAAAAGGGGAUGCUCACAAUCAUUCUGCACAAGAAGUUCUGGAUGAUUUCUUCACCCAGGGAGGUGCCUCCAUCAGGUCGGUGGAUAGUGCGUCCAGCACGGGGCGGUUUGACGUCAGCGAGAUAGUUCCCCCCCAGCCAGGGCAGCCCGAAGUCAGGCACCGUACUGACUACGACGAGAACGACCAGGAGGUGGCUGAAGUGCUAGGUGAAAGCUAUGUUGCUGUUGAGGAGGAAGGGGGUGAGGCUGAAGAGUUCCAGGAGGGGGAGACAACUGGAGAGGAGUUACAUGUUCCCCGUGCCUGGCCCAAACCACCAGAUGUACCUGGAGUUAACCAAAAUCUGUCAUCAGAGGCUGUGGUACGGGACAACAGCUCAAGGGAGGAGACCCAGGAUGAUGACGAUGACGAUGAUGAGGAAGAAGGUGAUGAUGGCGAUGAUGAAGCCGAGAUUGAGGAGGAGAUUGAAGUUGUUGAGGAGGGCAGCGAGGAAGAGCAACAGAACCAUUCUUGUUUCAGAAUGUCGCCAAGGUUAGCUGAAAGGAUAGGCAAAGUGAAGCAGUCCCCACGGUCUGCCUAUGGAUCAAGUGAGGCUGUUACGGCGGCUGUUCGAGCGGGGGUAGAUCGGGAGUCAUGGAGGGAGAUGCAGAAGAACAUGCAGGACAUGACGGCGGUGCUGCAGGCGCAGCAGAUGCACAUCACGGAGCUGCAGCAGCAGAUCGCGCGGCAACACGACCAGCAGCUGGAGCUGCAGCAACAGAAGGAGGAGCAGUGGCGCCUGCAGCAGGUCGCCGCCACGCAGCCCGGCCUGCAGGAACAGAUGCAGAGGAUCGAGGAUGUCAUGACGUCACGGAUAGAGCGGGUUCUCACACAGCACCUUGGCAGGCAGACUCAGACGUUACAAGAUGUAAUGACCCGCACAGAGGGCCGACAUCGGCAGGAACAGGAGAGGCUGCAGACCACAGUGACGCAGUCCGUCAGUCAGGCCAUCACCAACAACCUGGAGAGGGCUGUCCGUGCUGAGAUGAAGAACACGGUGGUCCCCACGGUGACGAAAAUCUUAGAUCCAGUGAAAGAUCAGCUUCAUCAAGAUCUGGCACACAAGCUCACUGCCACUGAUGUACUACUCAAAGACAACAUCGCUAAGAUGGUCAGGUCUCGGCAAACAGUGGAGGCUAUAGCCAAUGCAACCGGCAGUGCCAUCCAGGCCCCCAUACAAGCUGCCUACAGAGAGGCCUUCCAGAACAUGGUCGUUCCAUCGUUUGAGCGAGCCUCUCAGAGUAUGUUCCUGCAGGUUAACGAGGCCUUCCAGAGGGGCACCACCGAAUAUGCGGGUCAGCUGGAGGGUCACCUCGAGCGUAUCCGACAGCGCCACCAGGAAUCCCGUGACCCCAUUGUCAAGCAGCUGCAGUCUCUGGUGGACAACUUCCAGGUGACGUCCGGCGAGAUGAAGACGGAGAUCCUGAAUACGCUACAGUCCGAACUCAACACCAGCCUGCAGAACGCACUGGCAAACCUGCAGGAGAAGACACUCAACCAUGUGCGUGAGGCGGUGAAGGAAGAGGUCAGCGUGGCAGUCAGGGAGCAUGGUGCCAGUCUCUCCGACCAGCUCAUGAACUACGUGCGGUCAGGCGCUGCGACGCCGGUACAGAUAUCCCCAGACCUCGGCCACCUACAGACUCUGCGGACAUCCGUGAUCAACGCUGUGAGACUCGGCAACAUCAACGAAGCUUUCCAAACUGCGCUGUCAGCAUCUAACCUUGAGCUUGUGAUGUUCACGUGUGAGAAUGUGAACCCGUCCCUGGUUUUCGGCCAGGAUCCCUGCCCCCUCAAACAGCCAGUGCUUCUGUCCCUCGUCAACCAGCUCUCCGCAGACUUCACCUCACACACCGAGCUUAAGAUCAAAUACCUGGAGGAGGCAGUGAUAAGUUUGGACCCCAACCACCCCUUAACUGCAGAACAUAUGCAUGGAGUGUUGAACGGACUAACCCAGAAACUGAAACUCUUCAUGGCACAACACCCCAACGACAAACUGACACGAUCUUUCAAGAUGUUGGCCAUGGCGUCCCAGUCCCUCAUUACAUGAUGUCGACAUCAGCGUAGCGGAUGUGAAACGUUUCUGUGAUACUACCAGCCCGAGACAACAUUUACAACAGUGGCGAUCAACAGCAGUAUUCUUGUGUUGCUCUAGUUUAUUUCAGUUUUACUUAGUGAAGAUUUCGAUUAGUUUCCAUUAAUUUGUCUGAUGAUCUUAGUCAGUUGUGACAAGAACUCGUGUGGAAUGGAUUCUGGAUAGUGCUAAAGCAGAUGCCUGGCGGCUGUGGCGCUAUCUGUGACUGAGGUGAAACGUGACGCCUUGGAAGCCCUGAAGAGAUACAUCUGAAGGUGGGAUGUCAAGUCGAUGUCCAGUUCGGACUGUAUUCACUCACCCAGAAACACGAACCUGCUUCACAAACGGGAUCUGGAUGCAAGGACAUGGGGAAGUUUGGACAGAAUUCUUGAUUGCUGAAGAAAUUGUGCCAAAAUAGAUAGAUGGUGCAGAUUGUCUUCUGUUUCAGGAGACACUGAAAUCGUUAGCGUUAUGAUGUAAGAGGCGCUGCAGAGAUAUCAAGUUGUAAAAAGAAUUGAUGUAGUGUCAGUGUGUAUGAUGCAUGGCUGUAUGCAGUGAUGAGCAGUGCCUCACUGUAUGCAGUGUUGAGCAGUGCCUCACUGUAAGUAAUGUGGAGCAGUGCCUCAAUAUGCAGUGUUGAGCAGUGCCUCACUGUAAGCAAUGUGGAGCAGUGCCUCAAUAUGCAGUGUUAAGCAGUGCCUCGCUGUAUGCAGUGUUGAGCAGUGCCUCACUGUAUGCAGUGUUGAGCACUGCCUCACUGUAAGCAAUGUGGAGCAGUGCCUCAAUAUGCAGUGUUGAGCAGUGCCUCACUGUAUGCAGUGUUGAGCAGUGCCUCGCUGUAUGCAGUGUUAAGCAGUGCCUCGCUGUAAGCAAUGUUGACCAGUGCCUCGCUGUAUGCAGUGUUGAGCAGUGCCUCGCUGUAUGCAGUGUUGAGCAGUGCCUCGCUGUAAACAGUGUGGAGCAGUGCCUCGCUGUAUGCAGUGUUGAGCAGUGCCUCGCUGUAAACAGUGUUGACCAGUGCCUCGCUGUAUGCAGUGUUGAGCAGUGCCUCGCUGUAUGCAGUGUUGAGCAGUGCCUCGCUGUAAACAGUGUGGAGCAGUGCCUCGCUGUAUGCAGUGUUAAGCAGUCCCUCACUGUAAGCAAUGUUGACCAGUGCCUCGCUGUAUGCAGUGUUGAGCAGUGCCUCGCUGUAUGCAGUGUUGAGCAGUGCCUCGCUGUAAACAGUGUGGAGCAGUGCCUCAAUAUGCAGUGUUAAGCAGUCCCUCGCUGUUAGCAGUGUUGACCAGUGCCUCGCUGUAUGCAGUGUUGAGCAGUGCCUCGCUGUAUGCAGUGUUAAGCAGUGCCUCGCUGUAUGCAGUGUUGAGCAGUCCCUCGCUGUAAGCAGUGUUGACCAGUGCCUCGCUGUAAGCAGUGUUGACCAGUGCCUCGCUGUAAGCAGUGUUGACCAGUGCCUCGCUGUCUGCAGUGUUGAGCAGUGCCUCGCUGUAUGCAGUGUUAAGCAGUGCCUCGCUGUAUGCAGUGUUGAGCAGUGCCUCACUGUAAGCAGUGUUGAGUAGUGCCUCACUGUAAGCAGUGUUGAGCAGUGCCUCACUGUAUGCAGUUUUGAGCAGUGCCUCACUGUAAGCAGUGUUGAGUAGUGCCUCAAUAAGCAUUGCUGAGAAGUGCAUACAGUAGUUAUUCAUUUCCCCAAAGUAAGCACAGCUAUUUAUGUGACAUGUUUGUAGUCCAUUGACGUACGCUGGUAGACUGUAAGAUCUACAGAAGUCUGACCAAUGGAUGGAGCGGCCAGUACUGAGUGAAGAGCAACCAUGACACCUCUACAGUACAUCAACACAACACUUGACACCAUGACACCUCUGCAGUACAUCAACACAACACUUGACACCAUGACACUUCUACAGUACAUCAACACAACACUUGACACCAUGACACCUCUACAGUACAUCAACACAACACUUGACACCAUGACACCUCUACACUACAUCAACACAACACUAACACCACAACAUCUCUACAGUACAUCAACACAACACUUGACACCAUGACACCUCUGCAGUACAUCAACACAACACUUGACACCAUGACACCUCUACAGUACAUCAAGACUACACUGACACCUCAACAGCUUUAAAGUACAUCAAGACUACACUGUCACCUCAACAGCUUUAAAGUACAUCAAGACUACACUGACACCUCAACAGCUUUAAAGUACAUCAAGACUACACUGACACCUCAACAGCUUUAAAGUACAUCAAGACUACACUGUCACCUCAACAGCUUUAAAGUACAUCAAGACUACACUGUCACCUCAACAGCUUUAAAGUACAUCAAGACUACACUGACACCUCAACAGCUUUAAAGUACAUCAAGACUACACUGUCACCUCAACAGCUUUAAAGUACAUCAAGACUACACUGACACCUCAACAGCUUUAAAGUACAUCAAGACUACACUGUCACCUCAACAGCUUUAAAGUACAUCAAGACUACACUGUCACCUCAACAGCUUUAAAGUACAUCAAGACUACACUGUCACCUCAACAGCUUUAAAGUACAUCAAGACUACACUGACACCUCAACAGCUUUAAAGUACAUCAAGACUACACUGACACCUCAACAGCUUUAAAGUACAUCAAGACUACACUGUCACCUCAACAGCUUUAAAGUACAUCAAGACUACACUGACACCUCAACAGCUUUAAAGUACAUCAAGACUACACUGUCACCUCAACAGCUCAUCUUCAGUACAUCAACACAACACUGACACCACAACACUUCAUCUACAGUACAACGACACUGCACACAAACAACGCAACACAAAGUUUCAAGGUAUAUUCCAUAUUUAUGGUCAACACACGUUUGUAGAUGUAACAACUCCAUAAAAAUCAGGCAAGACACAAACUUACUUGGUCAAAUCGUUGACGGAAUGAACAAAUUGAAAAGGUGUGGAUUGUAGAGUGGUAGCAACACUUGGUGUAGUAUUGGUGGAACGUUGCCAGAAUCUGCAAUAAAUUCUACACCCACACAAGCAAGUACUUUUAAUGAAAUAACGAGCACACCACUGCAUUAUCGCUCUGUUUCUUGAGGCACUGUUGCCACUGUGAAUCGGUCUGAUGAAACAUUGGGGAGGACAUGUAGCCAUGGCAACAAAUCCAUACUCUUAUAUUUAACAAGUAACUGGUUUGAGAGUAGAAGAACAAGAAUGUGUGAUUGCAUUUAUGGCAAGACAUAGCCCUUUAUACUUACAUCAGUUGUGAGUUAGUAAUAUAGGAAGCAGUAAUCGCAGCUUGUUGAUCAGUUGCUGAGGGGGAUGUGGCAGUUCUAGAGAUUUUAAGUUCCAAUACAUGUUUUAUGUUCAGUGUUGCAAGAAAGUUGCUUAGUGACCAACAGGAAUCUGCAGUUAUGAUUGAAGUAAUGAAAUGUAUGCCCACAAGAUGUUUGAUUGUGUAAAGGCAUACCAUUAAAUUAUUUCAAACAGAACUUCAGAUUUCUGUGGAUGUCGUGAUGUGGAAUAACGUACAGUUGGUACUGUUCGGAAACUGAGUUGUGUUGCCAUAAGCAGGACCCUCUGUACUGGCCACACUUGUGUAUAUGUUCUGAGUGAACAAGCAUUGUACUUGUGGGAAGCAAGUAUUGUUUUUUAAUUUGUACAUGUUUUGCUUUUAUUUGGUGUAUGUUGUACAGUAGCAAACUAUGUCUGUUUUAACCUCUGCCAAGCCCACUCAGUAUCGAUAUGUAUAUUGUGUAUGUAUUUUUUAGAAAAAGAAAUAUCAUUGAUACAUUUGUUAAUAAAAUCGCCAACCAUGAA